AUGCCUCCCAUACCGUCUGAACCAGAGAGUAUAACACUUAUACAUCCAAAAGUAUUACUUCUUUCUGCAGGCGUAACAACGUCUUUGUUUUUGUCAUACAGAUUUUAUAAGCGAUAUGUUCGUCGUAUUCGCAAUUACCUUGAUUUAACGCCAGAGAUACUCGAGAAGCAAACCACAUUAUAUGGUAGGGUGACUAGAGUUGGAGACGGAGAUAAUUUCAGGUUUUAUCAUACGCCGGGAGGAAUAUUGCUCGGUUGGGGGUGGUUGAGACAUGUUCCUACGAAUAGAACUGAAUUGAAAGAUGAGACCUUAAUGGUCAGAUUGUGUGGUGUUGAUGCACCAGAGAGAGCACAUUGGGGAAAGCCAGCACAGCCAUACUCCGAAGAAGCGUUAUUGUGGUUGAAAAAUUAUAUACUUGGAAGAAAUGUGGUGGUUACGCCGUAUCUGAUUGACCAAUAUAAAAGAUUGGUUGGACGAGCACAGGUUUGGAAGUGGACGGGUAGAAAGGACAUAAGUGCAGAGAUGCUUCGAAAUGGACUAGGGGUGGUAUAUGAGGGUAAAAUAGGAGCAGAGUUUGGGGAUAAUGAGUCUUGGUAUAGGAAAUUGGAAGCUAGGGCGAAAUGGUUACGAAGAGGCCUUUGGUCGCUCGGGAGUAGUAUGACUACACCUGGCGAUUUCAAAAAAGUUCACUACAGAGGUGAUUCUUAG